AUGGUCCGCAAAGCCGCCAAACAAGGCGGCGCGAAGGCAAAAAACGCCGCUUCCUCUUCCCCUCCGGCCCUUCCUCCCCCGCCCUUUUCGCGCGUUCCCGAGCUGGAACCGUUCCUGUCGACGCUCGACCGGGAGAAGGUGUACCUCACGCACGUUGACACGCACCCGGUAGCAUUCAAGAAACAAAUCUUCGCCAUACCGGCGGCGCUCAAUGUGCUGAUCGUGGCGUUGCUGGCGUGGAGGGCCUACGCGGCAUUGCCGACAUACUGGGCGAUGCUGCUGGCGGCGCUGGGCAACCAGACGGAGCACACGGUGCAUCGCGACGAAGCAACCUGGAGCGAGCUGGCGUGGAUCGCGGUGAAGCGCGGGGCCAUGUUCCUGGGGGAUUACGUACUCGUCGUCGUCGUGGGCAAUUGGCCGCUGACUUUCUUCCUCGACAGCCCCGGCAACCCGUGCACGUGGCGCUGGGGAAUCGGGUUCCGGCAGCGAGAGAUUUAUAUCAGGGAGAGCAGGGGAUGGGGCGCGAAGGAACUGCUGGGCGAAGAGGGGGAGAUGGCGGGUGAAGAUAGCCCGCUGUUCAAAAUGAAAGUGCUGCCGGCGAUUGAGAGGAGAUUCAUCAGGGAGAAGACAGGGUACCUGAUGGUGGACGCAAACUGGGACCUGGACUUCGACGCCAUGGUUCGGGCGCACCGAGCGGUGGAGAAAGGGGAAAUUGCCGAGGAGAAGUUCGAGAAGAGUGUGUGGGUGUAUGGUGGGGAGCCGGUCGGAUGGUGCGUAUGGGAGGUGUAUCGGCUGGACGGUGAGGGCGCGGAGGCCGAGGGCAGGAAGAAGAUUGUGGCGUUCAAGGACCGGCUCACGGCGCUGGGGAAGGAGAGCCUGUUCUUCAGAUGGAUUGAGCUCAUCCAGUACGAGAGCAACCAGCCCGGUGGUUUCACGCCUGAGCGGCAGCAGGACGCAGUCAACAAGGCCAGGGAGCUGUUCGAGAAGCAGGGCGUGGACUUCGAGAAGCUCGUCAACGACGUUGGCGGGCUCGACGGCAUUCCUGGCUUGGGCCGGUGA